AAAAGUAAACACACUUUGAAGUGAAGUAAUCAGAAUCAAGCUACCACUUCCAUUUCUUUAAUCUUUUAAAAGAGAGAGAAUUUGGAGAUUGGACGGUUCUAGUCAACGAGAAAGACCAAAAUUUUUUAACCGAACCUUUUUUAAUUGUAUUGUUGAAGGCGUUAAUGUGUAGUACAACAUUUUUUUUGGGUUUGACUUUUGUACUUCAUUUUAGUACAUGAAAAUGGUCUAGUAAUCCCAUCGAGUUUCACGGUUGUUAACAGACUUGCUAAAUCAGUUUGAGGAUCAAGAUAUUAGUUUUAUAAAUUCUGAGGUUUGGAAACCGAUUAAGGCAUGGUGGGCUAUUCGAGAAUUUGAUAAUACAUUUAAUGAUUCUUCCGGCGGUUGUGGUUUUGCUAAGUUUCUCAACCCCUUAUAAUUUAUGGGUUUUUCUUGUUGUGUGUGAUGAUUUUUUAAGAUUGCUGUAAAUCAACGCAGGGAUUCCAUUGAAGUUUGACAUAAGGCUUGGAAUAAGAUUAAUGGGGGACAUAAAAGUGGAAGAGUUGAAAGAGAAUGAGAGAAUGAACAAUGAAAGAGAGAACUUCGAAUUGGAUCAGGUUACAGAUCAGCAAGAGGAAAUAAAGAGAACUCCUCCAUGGACGAAGCAUAUAACUAUUAGAGGUUUAUUUGCUAGCUUAGCGAUUGGUGUUAUAUACAGUGUGAUAGUGAUGAAGCUGAACCUUACUACUGGUUUAGUCCCCAAUCUCAAUGUCUCUGCAGCUCUUCUUGCCUUUGUAUUUGUCAAAACAUGGACUGAGUUGCUUCACAGGGCUGGAAUAACAUCAACUCCUUUUACUAGGCAAGAAAAUACUAUUAUUCAGACUUGUGCAGUUGCUUGUUACAGCAUUGCAGUUGGAGGCGGUUUUGGGUCUUAUCUUCUGGGUUUAAACAGGAAGACAUAUGAACAAGCAGGGGUUGACACAGAGGGAAACAAUCCUAAUAGUGUUAAGGAACCGGGUGUCGGUUGGAUGACUGGUUUCCUCUUUGUUAGCAGUUUUGUUGGAAUUCUGGCACUGGUACCUCUUAGAAAGAUCAUGAUAAUAGAUUACAAGUUAACUUAUCCAAGUGGAACUGCUACUGCAGUUCUUAUAAAUGGGUUUCAUACUCCUAAAGGAGACAAGAUGGCAAAGAAGCAAGUUGAAGGUUUCACAAAAUUAUUUUCUAUAAGUUUCCUUUGGGCUUUCUUUCAGUGGUUCUAUACAGGAGGAGAGAAAUGUGGAUUUGUUCAAUUUCCCACCUUUGGAUUGCAAGCUUGGAAAAAUUCAUUUUACUUUGAUUUUAGUAUGACUUAUAUCGGUGCGGGAAUGAUAUGUUCCCAUCUUGUGAAUUUGUCUCUGCUUCUUGGUGCUGUGCUCUCUUGGGGAAUCAUGUGGCCGCUGAUAGGUGAUCUCAAAGGGAAUUGGUUUCCUAAAUCCUUACCUGAAGGCAGUAUGAAGAGUCUCAAUGGUUACAAGGUGUUUAUUUCUAUUGCACUGAUCCUAGGAGAUGGGCUCUACAAUUUUGUGAAGAUUCUUUUCUUUACUGCUAGAAGCAUCCAUGCCAGGGUGAAGAAUAAAAGUACCAAAACAUUUCCAGAUAACCGAAAGCAGGAUCUUGAAGAUGAUCUUCACAGAAAUGAAAUGUUUAUUAGAGAGAGCAUUCCUAUGUGGGUAGCAUGUGUAGGUUACGCUAUUUUUUCCAUUACUUCCAUCAUCGUGAUCCCACUCAUGUUCCCUGAGCUGAAGUGGUACUUUGUUCUCGUGGCUUACAUUCUAGCGCCAUCUCUAAGCUUCUGCAAUGCUUAUGGUGCUGGUCUAACUGACAUGAACAUGGCCUACAACUACGGCAAAGUGGCCUUGUUUGUUCUUGCUGCCAUAUCUGCAAAAGAAAAUGGCGUGGUUGCUGGACUUGUUGGUUGUGGUCUGAUUAAAUCGAUUGUUUCCGUCUCUUCUGAUUUAAUGCAUGAUUUUAAGACUGGUCAUCUAACUUUCACUUCUCCUCGGUCGAUGCUUCUUAGCCAGACCAUAGGGACUGCCAUAGGUUGUGUUGUAGCUCCUCUUACAUUCUUUAUUUUCUACAAGGCCUUUGAUGUGGGAAACCCAAAUGGUGAAUACAAAGCUCCUUAUGCUAUUGUAUAUCGAAACAUGGCAAUUCUAGGUGUUGAAGGUUUCUCUGCCCUGCCACAGCACUGUUUACAACUAUGUUAUGGCUUUUUCGCCUUUGCCAUAUUGGCCAAUUUGUUGACAGAUGUUUCCCCGAAGAAAAUCGGGAAAUGGAUUCCUCUUCCCAUGGCCAUGGCCGUGCCCUUCCUUGUUGGUGCGUACUUUGCAAUUGAUAUGUGCGUAGGGAGCUUGGUUGUGUUUGUAUGGCACAAGCUAAAUAGCAGGAAAGCAAGUUUAAUGAUUCCUGCGGUUGCUUCAGGCUUGAUUUGUGGAGAUGGAUUAUGGAUCCUUCCUUCAUCAAUCCUUGCGCUCGCAAAGAUUCAUCCUCCAAUCUGCAUGAAGUUCUUAGCAACCUAGUAUCGUUUUCUUAAGCAAGAAGUGUCGUUUUUGGCAUACGAAUGGCCUCAUUUCAGUUCAAUAAUGUAAACGUAGUCACAAAGCGUAGAAAUUAUGUAACUAUCUAUUUCCAAAUAAUUAAUAGAUAACAUUUACUGAA